UCCAGGCACAGAGCUGCUGGUGGCUGCAGAAGGAGAAGAAAAGGAGGAGGAGGUGGAAGAUGGUGGAAUUAGAGGUGGGAGCUGCUGCACUGAAGACUCCAUCUCCGGGCGAUCCCCGAUCUCCCUGAUCCCAUCUCCUCCCUCCCUCUAUGCAGCAGCAGCAGCCUGCCAGCUGCUCAUCCAUUGGGCAGUGUGUGUGAUCGAUCAGUGGCAAGGAGAAGAAGAGGCGAUCCCUGGGAUCUGUGGGCAAGAUGUUGAUAUGGUAAGCUUACCUCAAUAGCAAAUCUGCCAUGAACAACUCGGAGGGAUCGCAGGAGGUGGAGGCUAGUGAUGAGCCUGGAAAUGCAGACAUCAAUGAGUCUGUAGAAGCUGACCUUGAACUUCCAGAAGUUGAAGAAGAGCAACAUUCACAACCUUCUCCCAACUCGAGGCAGGGGCAGGAGCAGGAGCAGGAGAGACCAUUUGGGCAGGAUGAAGAAGGAACACUUGCUAGAUCCGCUAGUACAGAGAGUGGAUUUCACAACCACACGGAUACAGCAGAAGGGGAUGUCAUAGGAGGCCAAGAAGAUGGGUAUGACCUGGACAGAGCUCAGGAAAAUGAGGAUGAGAAUGCUUAUGCUGUUCAAUACAGGCCAGAGUCUGAGGAAUAUACAGAGAAUGCAGAGGCUGAGCAUGGUGAAGCACUUCGUAACAGAACUCUACCCAAUCACUUACAUUUCCAUGGUUUGGACCAAGAGGAGGCUAUAAAUGCAGCUUAUUCUGGGUAUGUCUACACACACCGGUUAUUUCACAGGGGUGAGGAUGAACAAUAUGCUGAACCAUAUGCAGACUAUGGACUGCAAGAGCAUGUUUAUGAGGAAAUAGGUGACACACCAGAUUUGGAUAUCAGAGAGGGUCUUCGACUCUAUGAGCAGGAAAGAGAAGAAGCUGAUAAUUAUAGGAAAGAAGCUCUGGGUGCUCGACUUCAUCAUUAUGAUGAACGGUCGGAUGGUGAGUCUGAUAGUCCUGAGAAAGAGGCAGAGUUUGCUCCCUAUCCAAGGAUGGAUAGUUACGAGCAAGAAGAAGACAUUGAUCAGAUUGUAGCAGAGGUCAAACAGAGCAUGAGUUCCCAAAGUCUCGAUAAAGCUGCUGAGGACAUGCCAGAAUCUGAACAAAACUUAGAUCUUGCUGACCCCUCUCAAGUUAGUGGAGAAGACCAUGUUACGAAUGGCAACCUCUCUACUGCCUCAAAAACUGCUGCUAAUACAGGUGAAAUAGUGCAAAGGUACAGUAAAGAAAAACGAGAUGCCAUCUCGCUGGCUAUCAAAGACAUUAAGGAUGCUAUAGAGGAAGUGAAGACAAGGACAAUACGUUCUCCUUAUACCCCUGAUGAGCCAAAAGAACCAAUUUGGGUAAUGAGGCAGGACAUCAGCCCAACAAAGGACUGUGAUGAUCAGAGACCACUAGGUGGAGAUACUCCAUCUCCUGACUCUUCUACGCAGGGAGCAGAAUCUAUAAACCGGCAACCUCGACAGAAUGCCAGUGAUUCAGCAGAAUCCGUCUCAAACAAAGAGUCAAGGAAGAGCCUGGCUUCUUUCCCAACCUACGUAGAAGUGCCAGGACCCUGUGAUCCUGAAGACUUGAUAGAUGGAAUUAUUUUUGCCGCAAAUUACCUCGGCUCCACACAGCUACUCUCUGACAAAACUCCCUCAAAAAAUGUGCGCAUGAUGCAAGCACAAGAAGCUGUUAGUCGAAUUAAGAUGGCCCAGAAAUUAGCCAAAAGCAGGAAGAAGGCUGCAGAAGGGGAAGCUCAGCCAAUGACAGAAGUGGACUUAUUUAUUUCUACGCAGAGAAUAAAAGUAUUGAAUGCUGACACACAGGAGACAAUGAUGGAUCACCCUUUGAGGACAAUAUCAUAUAUUGCGGAUAUUGGAAAUAUUGUUGUCCUGAUGGCACGCAGACGAAUGCCACGCAGUAACUCUCAAGAAAAUGUGGAGGCUUCCCACCCAUCCCAAGAUGGAAAGAGACAGUACAAGAUGAUCUGCCACGUCUUCGAGUCUGAAGAUGCUCAGCUCAUUGCUCAGUCUAUAGGUCAGGCAUUUAGUGUUGCUUACCAGGAAUUUCUUAGAGCUAAUGGCAUUAACCCAGAAGAUCUGAGCCAAAAGGAAUACAGCGAUUUACUUAACACCCAAGACAUGUAUAAUGAUGACCUCAUCCAUUUCUCAAAGUCUGAGAAUUGUAAAGAUGUGUUUAUUGAAAAACAAAAAGGGGAAAUCCUUGGAGUUGUCAUUGUAGAAUCUGGCUGGGGCUCUAUUCUUCCAACAGUUAUUAUUGCUAACAUGAUGCAUGGAGGACCUGCUGAGAAGUCAGGAAAACUGAAUAUUGGGGAUCAAAUCAUGUCCAUAAACGGAACCAGCUUAGUUGGGUUACCGCUGUCCACUUGUCAAAGCAUCAUCAAGGGCUUAAAGAACCAGUCACGAGUGAAGCUGAACAUCGUUAGAUGUCCUCCAGUUACCACUGUCUUAAUCCGGAGACCAGAUCUUCGAUACCAGCUUGGUUUCAGUGUACAGAAUGGCAUUAUUUGCAGCCUUAUGCGAGGUGGGAUCGCAGAGCGAGGUGGUGUACGAGUAGGUCAUCGCAUCAUUGAGAUCAAUGGACAGAGUGUUGUAGCAACUCCUCAUGAGAAGAUAGUUCACAUUCUCUCCAAUGCAGUUGGCGAGAUACAUAUGAAGACUAUGCCAGCAGCCAUGUACCGACUGCUGACAGCACAAGAGCAACCGGUUUACAUCUGAUAGCAUCGCUGUCUCGUCACACAUGCAUGGAGCACAGUUCUCCUCAAGAGUGGUUGUGGUUAUAGUGCUGAAUCUGUGUCUGCAAAAAUAUCUUGAGAAGAAUUACUUCAUUUCCUUUUUGGUUUCAGCCCGUGUUUUGUUUUACGUUCUACAUCUUUUAUAAAAAUGGAUUCAUCUAUUUUUAGGCCUGUGCUCCAGUCAUGAUUCAACUAAUAUAUAGCUGCAGUGCUAGGAAAACACCUUACAGUCCACGUGGACCACUUUGAGUCCUAUACUGCAUCCUGCUGAAAGGCUGGGUGACAACAAGUCAGUUCAGUGAAGACCAAGCUUCUGCUAUUAGUGAUCUUGUCCUCUCCUUCUUAUGCACUUAAAGUUUCACAUUUAAAUCUGGCCAGUAGUUAAUCUUGCGUCUUAUGAAAGAGCCUUCAUGCAUGUGUCACAGUUGUAAAGUAGCAGGACUGGAUCUUAGAUACAACUCUGGAAGUUGUGCAUGAAACUCUGGGUUGCCUUGGAUCUGCAAAUUAUACUAUGUGUGCUUCUGUUGUGUUCACUGUAUCAAAGCACUUUUGAAAUUGAAAUAUCCUACAUCAGUAAGUAUUUAUUUAAAUAUCAGGUGCUGUUCAACCAGCAUGUCUGCUUACUUAUUAAAAACCCCCACCAAUAAACAGAACUCAUCCUCAACAUCCAACAGUGCAUAUAAAUGUUGGAAUCUGGCUUAGUUCACUUUGUUUGUUGAGCAAACAAUUUUCACGAAAUCCCAGAUAAUGCCAGCUUAUUCGCCCUGGAACCUAUUUUAGUGAUUCAGUCAUUCCUUACCAUGUUAUUGUCCAAACACGGGACAUACAGUACAUUUUAAGUCCUUGGUUUACAAAGGGCACUAUUUCACUCACACUUUCAAUAAAAUGGAGAUGAAACCUUUUUAAACUUUACAGUAGGCAGUUCUUAUGGAUUGACUUUCACUAAAACUCUCCAAGUCAAUAAUGACUCCUAACUGCCCUUAAAAAUAGUGCCCAGGCAAUGGGAACAAGCAUCUUUUUUUAAGGGGCUUGUUCACACCAGGUCUGUUACGCUGCAUUGUUUCGCAUUGAUCAACACAGACUCAAUGCAAGGAGAUUCUAAAAACAAUUGCCUGCUUCCUAUAUGCACUGUUCAUACAACACUAGUGCAUCUGUUUGCGUUGAGGAUAAAUGUAGGCAUGUUGCAUCCUUAUGCAGCACAGCACACAAACAUGCGUGACAAUGCAACGCGCAUAUCAACAUUUGUAUUUUGACUCUUGACGUUGCCUGUACAGAAAGAAAUGCAUUUUAAAAAUGUAAAUGAACACCUAGUAAAACACAGUACAAUAAGUUAAAAACUGCACAUCACUGUGCUUUAACAAGCAUAUAUUUUCUGUGUAUUUUUAUGUGCAUUGUGGUGUCAAUGAGCCCUGAAUGGUUUAAAACUGAAAGUCCUUCUUAAGAGCAGGCAUCUAAAGUGGUUCUAAAGGCAGAAGGUUUUUUUACCUUAAUGCAUUAUACUUACCUGAGCCCCAUCUCAAUCCAGCGAUGUGCAUUAGAGCAGCUCUCCUUCGUCUCUCUCAUUGGCCCACACAGCAGCAGGAGCCAUUGGCGGCUGCUGCUGCUGUCAAUCACAGCCAGUGAGCCAAGGAGGGGAGAAGGGCUGAGCCGCACAAUGUCCAUUCACAGGAGCGCAGCUCGGGAGCCCCUAAGGCAAGAGGCUUUCUAUUGGGGGCACUUGGCAUGGGCAAACGGCCAGGACCGCAGGCGGUGGACCCAAAAAUAGGAGGAUGUGGGCAAAAAAUGAUGACCUUUACAAUCACUUUAAUUUUGAGCCUGAAGACUUUUGAGCACCCUCUGGGAAAUAUGCCUGACCUGAACAACCAGCCCACUAUUCCAUGGGUACCUAUCAGAGGCUAAUCACAGCAUUUUUGAUAAAUUGCUGGAAUGAAGAAAAAAAAAAAGGUCCCAGUGAGCGUGCCCCUUCAUAGAUCCCAGAGGGUAGAAUAAAAGUUUUAAUACCAGGUGCCAUACUGUCUGCUGUUAGUCAGAAUAUUACAUUUUUCAAAACAGCCUUUAAAAUGUUCUUAGCAGAACACAAAGGUGUGUGGAUUUUGCUAUGGCCCAUGCAUUUGGAAAACAGAUAUUUUUGUUUUCACGCUCUCUUUACAAGUGUAUGCAUUUCACAACGAGGCAAAACUGUCUAAGAAUACAGUCGGCUUAUACAGUUGCCAGACUUGCCUUUGCAUUGUCAGAAUACAUUUCUUUCCAUUUUACUACGUUUACAUUGUAUUUACAUGGUUCUGCUGUUACCUUGUCUCUGUAAGGAGAGCUGUUGAGUGCUGGAGCAGUAAAUUAAGAUUUGAAAUGGUUUCCCGCAAACUUUGUUUACAUCAUGCAUUACAAAUUGUCCAAGAGCUCUAACACAGGUAUGUCAUAUUUUUUGCACAGGGUACUUUUUUCAGUGGUACAUACCACAGCUUAAGCUUCUUGGAAACGCAGAUGGCUUAUCUUGCAGUAUUCAGGGUAACAGCACACAUAAGCUAUCUCAUAAAUUAGCAGAUAUAAACAUAGAUGUAGCUGAAUGUACCUACUGUAAAUGUUACUGAUGUAGAAGCAGUAUACGUAGAUAUAGACACAACUCUUCAGCCCUAUUGCUGGCCAAACACUUGUCAAUUUUAACAAGUGUCAGCAGUUUAUAAAACAACCAAGUGCAUCAAGGCAACAGUUUACAUAAAUUGUUAGUGAUAGCAAAAAAAUAGACUGCUAUCGUAAUAGUAGCUACCAACCUCCAUGGAUACUAGGUCUGCCCCAAACAUCAGCUAUAUUUGGUGCUGUGAGAGUGGCAUGUUACCUAUAAUAAGGUCAUGCAAUGAGUGGAAUUGCCUCCAUGGCCUUCAUUGGUGGAUGUGUUCAUAUACUUGAUAGCAGAUUGCUAUGAUCCAUUUAGUUGGUUUUUGAAAGCAAAAGCAUAUUUAAAGCUCUUCCCUGAUAACCCUGGUUAUGUGAUGGUGCAGUUUUUACUUUUACAUUGACAUAAGUUGUCUCAGUUUACAAUUGUGUUUACAUGGGGUUUAAAAUGUUCUGCCUCCUCUUGAAUAUGUCGACCUAGUUUGCCACUUUUGGUUGGUACAUAUAUAACUUGUUAAGCAGAUCAAGUCAUUAUGUGAAAAAGACUGCCAUUUCAUAGUCAUAAUCUUGCCAGUCUGCAAAGUAGCAAAGGACUUCAUUUACUGUAAUACCGGGCAACUAAAAUCUGUCUCUUCCAUUACUGUAUGUGUUGGACCCAGAUUUAAAUGUCAGCCUAGUGUAAAGUGGAUUGAUAAAACUAAUCGGUUAAUGUAAAACAUGACAUGUUUUAGGUCUAAUAUACCAUAAUUAAUAUUUAUUUUGUGAUGUAGAUAAUUUUUGUUUUCCUGUAUAUCAGGGAUUAUAAUUUCGUUCUUAGAAAGCUGAUGCAGCCUUGAAAACUAUAAUAUGAACACAAUAGGAAAUGUAUUUAUUUAUUUAUUAGAACAUGUGUUACAUGUUUGGGAAUCGUAUUUUUUUUUUUAUUUGAGGACAUAAAAAAAUAUGUCCCAAUAUAUGUUUCUUGAAAGUUCCCAUUUAUGUGUGCAGUUUUUAUUUCUUAAAACAACUUACCUGUAUGUUUACUAUAGGAAGCUGCAAUUCCUGACUUCUAACCAAAUAACAUGGAAAAAACCCAGUAUUUUAUUUAUGAAGAUUUUUUUUUGUUAUGGAAGUCAUAUGGUUAGCAGAUAAAAAGGACCUCAUUCUUUGUUUACUACAGCAACAUGUACAAUGCUAAUAGGAAUAGGCUUCCGAUGUUUCUUAGAAACCAGACAACACAUUGGAAUCAAAUAAAAAAUAAUGGUGGCUCCUUUUCUUCCAUUAAAAUUCCAGAACAAAUUAAUUUCAUACA